AUGAGCACGCCUCCUCGCGUGCGCGUGGAGCUCUGCUCGUCUUCUUCCGACCGCUCGAAGAAGAAUAAAAAGCUCGUCCUCGACGUGCCGUCGUCGUGUAAAACAGUCAAAGACUUCAUCGAGACAAAGUUGGCAUCGAUAUUUUCCAAUCGACGGCGGAAAGACAUGACGACGAAGAAGAGCGGAGGACUUCGAUUGUCCUUGGACGGAGGCUACGAGUUGCUCGAAUCCAGUCCGAUGAACAUUUUGAGAGACGACGAGCGAAUCACAGCGAGGUACGGCGAAGAAAGCAGCAGCAGCAGCGAAGAGGAAGAGGAAGAGGAAUUAGAUACAAAAACGAAGAAGGAGGAAAAAUUUAGGAGUCGAAGCGCGGAACGGAAAGCGAAUAAAAGAAGGAUGAAAAGAGAAGAGAAAAGAGUACGUGUAGAAGGAAAAGGCGAUGGUGGUGGUAGUGGUGGCACGGUGCCGAAGAAGAAACGAAGAAUAGAACUCGAUAGGAGUAACAUUAUUAGCGCGGGUAGAAGCGCGGGCGGCGGUAGGAGCAGUGGUAGCAGUAGCAGUAGCAGUAGCAGUAGCGGCGCGAGAGAACGAGAGGCGAAAGUGAAGUCGAUAACCGAAGGCGGUUUUCCGGACGAGAAGAGAAAAUGCAAAGAGAAAGAAAAACAAGAAGAAGAAGAAGAAGAGACGGAACGGUAUGCAAUCAAAGCGUUUGAAAAGUUGAGAGCGCAGAAGAGGUUUGGGAGGAACAACGCGUUAGUCGAUUGGCCGAAGAACGAAAAGGAGUGGCGAAAGGUAAAGAAGAUGAAACCUCACGAUUACGUCAUACAUAACGAGAAGAUUGAAGAACAGUUUAGCAUAGAGGAGAACGGGAAGUUAGCGGAGGACGACCCGCUCGCCGCGUGGAUGCAUAUUUUUAGGUGCGACGAGAACGUGGACGAUAUGCUCGCAAAGGAAGAGUUGGAGGAGAAGAAAGCGAAGCUUUUAGGCGAGGAUAGGAAGACGAUGCAAAGAGCGAAACGAGUGAAGGAUAUAUCGAAUGUUCUGCGCUCGGAUAUUUUAGCGUACAAAACGUUGACGAUUAACGAAACCGAUGGCACUCCCGAAGUGUCCAAAUGGCUAAGAGGUUCUGUCCAAUACGUAGACGUGAAGAAUAAAACGAUCAGACUUCGUCCGAAUCCAGAGGAUCGGGCGAUUUCAGCCGGGCAAUUGUGGUUUGAGAAAAAUUUACCGGCGCCACCUCCUUACCAAUCAAACGGUCUUUUAGAGCUUUCUUUUGACGAUUUUGCUGAAAUUGUGUGCAUUGGUGGACGUUCGAUUUGGAACCAGUUGGACGCGACGGCUGUGUUCAGAGACGUGCCAAAAGAGUUGAGAAACGGCGCGGGGUUAAUACCGCCGUCUGCGCUAGGUGUUCCGCGCGGACACGCGCCAACACGAACGCAAGAACAAGCUGGAAGAGAGGACGAUCUACAACAACAACAACAACAACAACAACAACAACUAGAAUGGUGCGCGAACGACAAGUGCGCUGGAAAAGAGUUGCACUUGAAACGUGAUUGUCUCGAAGGCUUAUCCGCGGAAGAGUUGGAAGCGAGAGGUAUGAUUUUACUCCACGACGAAGAAAACGCCGCACAUGGCGGGUACCGCUAUUUUGUCCGUCCAGAGAACGCGUUUGGAAAAAUUCUCAAAGACCAUCAAGCGCGAUACCUCGUCGAAACGAUCGAAAGUGACCCUCGCGCGGAGACGGAAGUGCGCCAAGAAGCCGAAGAUACCAUCGAAAGAUUAAACGCGUUGAACAAAGCGAUCGGCCCGAUGCGCCCUUUAUCGCACUUAUCGCGCGAUUGGCGCGUCAACCCGAACGCGCAAGCACCAUUGCCAAGUUGGUGCAAAGGCGAAGCCGUACCGUUAGCCUCCGAUGCGAUCGUUCCCGCAUCUGAAGUCGAAGAGAAAGAAGAAGAGAAAGAGACGAGAGCGACGCCUGCGCCAUCCGUCGCGCCGCCGAGGAGUAACAGCAACAACAACAUAAACAACAACAAAAAGAAAAAGAAAAAGAAAUUCUCAAACAAAAGCGGCGGCGUGGGUGCCGCACUUUCGCGUUUCAGAGACGUCGGUGCGUUGUAA